UAUCUACCGUCUCGUACACACAUGUGUAAGCUGACUACCUACGUGUGUUAACAACGUCUGUGUGACCUACAUAAUCACCGAGCGGUAUUAUCGAUCGCCAGACUCAAGUUAAGUUUGAAUACACCUUCCGGGUAACAGUCCAUGGGUUUGACAGCACCGAAGUUUUCCUGAUUUAAGAAAUAUUUACCGAGUACUGCGUCCCUGUCAUAAACCAGCAGAAAUGUCAGGCAAAAAUAAAGCCAACACUACUACCAAGAAAACUGCACCUGCAGCUCCACACUGUCAGUCACCAGCUCUUAAGAGAAAUCAACACAAAGAAACAAAGUCUGAUUUAGUGGUAGAAGGUACCGCAUCACAGCCUACUACAAAAGGAGAGCAGCAUAAGAAAACGACAGCUGAUCAAGCAAAGGCCAAUUCAGUGAUUUCAGUUACCCAAUGCCAGCCUUCUACGGCGGACGCCAGGACAGAAGGUUCACCACAACCGCCUAGCCAACCUAAUGAUGGCACCAACAAAAAGGAACCUGAUCAUGCAAAGACUGAGCCGGACACAAAGCCUAUAAAAACAGAACAUACCGAUGUUCGAACACCUACUGAUAAGGCACCUUCUGAGGUAGAGAAAGCGAAGAAAUCUCACAAUCCUGAAAUUAGGGUGACAAGUGACAGCCAGCUCAAUCCAAAAGAUUUGGACUUGGGUAAAACUAUCACUGGUGUAAUGGAUGCUCUCGGCUUGCUAGACAAUAACGAAGAUGCGAUGAAAGAGUAUCAGGCAUUGUUGAAACAACAGAGGAAUUUGGAAGAACAAAUAUCAUCCGAGAAGAGGAAAUCAUGGCAGGAAAACAACGACAUGAUGAUGGAAGAAUGUGACAAGAUCGGACAGGCGGAAUUGUCAGGGUCGUUGUAUAAUUCUCUUUUGCAAUUAAAAAAAAAACAUCCCCAGCAAUCCACUAAUGCAUUAAAAGAAUUUGCAUUCAGAAAACAAUUGGUGGAACAUCUUCAGGUGAGAUUUGCACUAAAAUCCGAUAUACGCGAGUACUUAUAAAUAUAAAUCCACACAAAAAAGAUACUUUAGUUACUUUGAUAUCAAAGUUGAAUGACUAAAGUAACGCAAUGUAAUAGUUGAUAUUACUGAGGAAUGUAUGACUUAUGUUACUGCAGCAGGCAUAUCUAUACCAAAUAUCACAAUAAAAUAACUAUUCUCGUUUAUACAUGUAGUAACACAUAUAUUACAAUUACAUCAUAACAUAUAUUCUUUCUUACUUUCUUAUAGUAGCAGAAAUCUAGCAUAACAUAUAACCUCAUUUAUAGAAAAGGAAGGUACAUUGUACAUGUAAACAUAACAAUGUAUACCUUUUCUUAUACUAACAGACGUGUAACAGUAACAGAAUAGAUCAAUUGAAACAUAUAUAUUCUCUCGUGAAAUAUCUGACAUAAAGCAAUAGUUAUGUAUCCAUCCUCAUUGUUGGUAGUUGAUAAGCGACAAUAACAUUAUAUAGCUAUGUUUAGUGGAUCACACAAAACAAUAAGAUUAUACAUUUCCAUCCAUAGAAGCAGACAUGUAACUAACAUAUACUAAUUUAAAGGAAAGUUACAGAUUUAUUUAUUUUCUUUAUUUUCUAUUUUUACCCCUUUUUUUUAAUUCUUACAAAACGUAUGACUUUGUUUAUGUUUUGUUAUGUGAAGGCACAUUGAAGAUAUUUCGCGUAAAUAUCUUAAUAUACAUAAAGGAUCUUACGUAAGUUUCCAUUUCAUAUGAGAUAUAUGAA